CCUGAUUAUGCGCUAAACAAGAGGAGAGUCGUCAUCGGCGAGCCCCCCGCAAAUAGAAGUCCUUGUCCUGUCCCGUUUCCCUUUUUGUCCAAUCUGUUUCCACAUUCCCUACGAUAUGUCCAGUGGCUGCCUGAUGCGCCCAACUCAACUAUGAACGACUCUGUGCGGACAACUACAACGAUUUCAAGCACAAAAUCCCUUGUUCACAGCUUCCAACUGUCCGCCAUUCUCCACCUCUUCCUCCUCAUCUCCUUCACACCAAUGUCUGCUGCUGCCGAUCAACACGCGUCCCACGCUACCCGACGCGGUUUGCUUCGGAAGUUGGGACUCGAGCACGUACCUGUGCAGACUGGUCCGAGCAUUGAUGUUCCACAACACAUGUGGGAUAUUUAUGACGAUGAUAAUGAUGUCGACUGGGUCAGACACUAUUAUCCGAAGGAGAUUAUUGAAGAUAACGAAGGGUUCUUGUUGUCUUAUAACCUCUCAUUGGCUGCUCGAAAUGCUCACAAUGAAGAAGUGACUAAGGCUACUUUGAAACUCCGGUUACGACGCAACAACAAAGCGAGGAGGUCCGGCAAUAUUAGUAUUUAUUUUUUUGAAGAUGAUAUAAACAAUGAUCGAUUUCAAAUCGAAUCUCGAUCCGUCGACAACCUUACCGAAUGGAUCGAUUUUGAUGUGACCGCCGCUUUUUUGCGGCGAACAAAUCGUAUCAGUUUCUUCAUCGAUUUGCCGGAAGAUGUGGAGAUCGAAGAGACACAGAGCAGCUCACUGAGCUCAUUGCCCUACGCGCGGGCUCAGAGUGCUCCGCUUAUUGUGUUCAGUGACCUGUCCGAACCGUCCAGUGUGCGGCGGAAACGGAGUGCACAAACAGGCAACAGCGAACGAAAAAAUCGAAAAAAGGGUAGAAAGCAUCAUAACACCGAGGCCGAGAGCAAUCUUUGUCGGAGGACUGAUUUCUACGUGGAUUUUGAUGAUUUAAAUUGGCAAGACUGGAUUAUGGCACCCAAGGGCUACGAUGCUUAUCAAUGUCAAGGCUCUUGUCCAAAUCCAAUGCCAGCUCAGUUAAAUGCAACUAAUCACGCUAUUAUUCAAUCACUUUUACACUCUUUGAGACCUGAUGAAGUACCGCCACCUUGCUGUGUGCCUACUGAAACGAGCCCUCUUUCGAUUCUCUACAUGGAUGUAGAUAAAGUAAUAGUGAUAAGAGAGUAUGCCGACAUGCGGGUUGAAUCUUGCGGGUGCCGGUGAUACCCGCUUCUAUGUCGCCAUCGUCGUCGCACAUUACCACUUUUUGUCAUCUCCUUGUUUUUCCCUACCAUUCAUUUUCUUUACUAACUCCUUAUUUUUUGGUGCAAUGUGUCACGGGUCCUCAUUUCUCACCUUCAACCGUUUUUCCUCUUGUUAUUCUUGUCUUCGAUUCACAUUUUCCUUUUCUUCCCCGAUGUUUGUCCAUGUUUCUGUGAUUCCUUCCUAAUGUUCCUUUUCUCCUAUUUUUUCCAAACCAAGAGCUCUUAUGAAGACGGACAGUUUCUUUUCUUGUUUUCUCUAAUUCUCUUCUUCCAAAAAAUCUAUCUCUCUUUUUCUUCUCACUCUCAUCAUUUUUCACUCGAUUAGAAUUGAAUGUUCAAAACAACAAAACAAAUUCAAAAUAUUUGAUCUCAUAGUUUUUGUGUCUGUAUGCACUGAUCCUUUUUUGUUUCUUUUUUAAAUGAACAUUUUGGUAUUUG